AUGGCCACCGAAACGGAAAACAAGCCCGUCGUUGCCGGCGAGGAGGAGAAGAAGGUAGAACAGGCGGCAGUUGCUGCAACCGUCACCGAGGCAGCACCGGCUGCCGGAGAUAAGGCGGCGGCCGGUGGUGGUGAAGCAGCGGCCGGCGGUGACGCGGCCGAUAAGAAGACGGAGGAGAAACCCGCCACCGGUGAGAGUGCACCGGGCGGCGAUGGUGGCGAUGGGGCGACCAGUUCCGAUGCGACCGCAGCAGCCCCGGCCAAGAAGGAGAAGGAGGUGAAGCCAACCGUGCACAAGGUGAACUUCGAGAAGGAUGUGGUGUAUCUGUACCAGUUCACCCGCACACCGAUGCUACCGUCGAUUUCGCCGUUCUGCCUGAAGGUGGAGACCUGGUUGCGUCUGGCAGGAUUGAAGUAUGAGAACAUUGACCAUAAGCUGAAGCUGCGCUCGAAGAAGGGACAGCUGCCUUUCGUCGAAGUCAAUGGCGAAGAAAUCGCAGACUCGACCAUCAUCAUGCAGGAGCUGGCGACGCGCUACGACAAGGACCUGGACGCCGCCCUGACCCAGGAGCAGCGCAACAUUGCCCACGCGAUGAUCUCGAUGCUGGAGAACCAUCUUGUCUGGGUGGUGCUGUCGUGGCGCAGCAAGAACACCGAACAGAUGCUGAAGGGCUACAAAAUUAACCUGCAGCACGCCCUCGGCAGCCGUCUGCCGAACGCUUUGCUGAACUUCUUCUUCAAGUUCCAGUUCAGUCGCAAGUGUUUCCAGGGUGCUAAAAAGGUGAAAGCUCAAGGCCUGGGUGUCCACAAGCCCGAAGAGAUCGAGGAGUUUGGCCGCAAGGAUCUGAAGGUGCUGUCCGAGCUGCUGGCCGAUAAGCCAUUCUUCUUCGGUGACGAACCCACCACGCUCGACUGUGUUGCAUUCUCCGUGUUGGCACAAAUCCAUUUCAUCCUGGACGAAGUCAAGUACGGUCUGAAGGAGUUCAUGCAGGAGAACUGCCCGAAUCUGGUGGGUCACGUUUCGCGAAUUAAGGAACGUUGCUUCCCAGACUGGGAGGAUAUCUGCACCAAGCUGGAUCUGAACGCGCACAUCCCGAAGCCAGAACCCGAAACCAAGGAAAACAAGGAAGGUGCUGAUACGGAAAAAACUGCCGAACAGGACAAGAACGAGUCGGAAAAGGAGCUCGAGAAGGACAACUCGAACGAGAAGUCCGAAAAGAAGGAGGAACCCGAAAAGGUGGUGGAAGAAAAUAAAGAAAAAGAGGAGGCAGCCGCCAAAUAAGGUGGA